AUGACGGGACCGCACACAACUACAGCCAACCAACAACACAACAUUAGACACAUCGACCACUUUGACCCCAGACUCGACCAACCUACGAGCCAGGCGACGUACCACGUGACAGACCGCUCGCGGAUCCCCGGGGACUUCUCCGUCUAUGAGAGACAACCCCCGCCCGGAACCGCCGCAACACAUCGAGACCAAGACACCGAAAACCGCUUUGACCCCUGGCCCGGCAUGCCUACAAACACCCGGUCAUACCUCCGCAUCGUCGAUUUCCACGCCGACCGCAUACCACACGCAUCUCAAGAUGACAAAAUAUUCUUGAUUAGACUCACGUCCAAUGGAGAAGUGAAUGACUUCAUCGAAAGGCAACCAAAAGCUAUAAAACAGGACUACAAUGAGCUCUGCAAAGCCAUCCUGGCAGAAUACUCAGACUACGGCGCCUCCGGGACCCUCACGGCAGCCAUGGCAGUCAAACAAGCUCACAACGAGCUUGCGGAAUGCUAG